AACCUGCACUAUCACUCGACAUCGGCACUCCCCUCGUCACCACCACUGCCCUCGACGCCGCGACUCGCGCAUCCACUCGCCCACCACGACGACCUUUGUAGGAGUCUCCAACACGCUCGGUCCCAGUCGAACGUGGAACAAGCCAUCGCCCCUGUCGCGUCCCUCCUCCAACGCGACCUCACCACAGACCUCGUGGUCUUCGAAUCCCGAACAGAAAGAGAAGGACGAGUUCGCUGCUGAAUUUGGCGAAACUCUCGCACCGCCCCGCGAAUACUUCCAGGACGCACGCAAGUCCGCGCCAUCAUCGCCCAGAAUGUCCACUCCAACAGUGAACCUCAACAGCCCGGUGCUGUCCAUCUUUGCGUACUGCGGCAGCAGUAUCUUGAUGACAGUGUCGAACAAAUUCUGUGUCAACGGUACGGGAUGGAAUCUCAGCUUCUUCCUUUUGGCUGUACAGUCCAUUGUGUGCAUAAUAGCCAUUUCGACCGGCAAGGCCAUGGGUGUUAUCAACUACCGAGACUACAACACCGACGAGGCGAAAAAGUGGUUCCCAGUCUCUCUCCUCCUCGUUGGCAUGAUCUACACCUCGCUUCAGGCUCUGCAAUUCCUCAGCAUUCCCGUCUACACCAUCUUCAAGAACUUGACAAUCAUCUUGAUCGCAUACGGUGAGGUCCUCUGGUUUGGAGGAUCUGUCUCUGGAAUGGCAUUGCUGAGCUUCGGUCUCAUGGUUGCGAGCAGCAUCAUCGCUGCGUGGGCGGACAUCAGCCACGCUCUGGCAUCGUACGGAGGAGAUGCCUUGGUCGGCGAGGCUGCGGAAAAGGUCGCAACGCUGAACAAGGGAUACGUCUGGAUGGCCAUGAACUGCUUCUGCUCCGCUGGCUACGUGCUUGGCAUGCGCAAACGGAUCAAGCUUACCAACUUCAAGGACUUUGACACCAUGUACUACAACAACCUCCUCUCGAUCCCAGUCCUCCUCAUCUGCUCCAUCUGCCUCGAGGACUGGUCCGCUGCCAACCUUGCCGUCAACUUCCCACAGGACCGCCAGGGCUGGAUGGUGGCCGCCAUGAUCUUCACCGGUCUUAGCAGCAUCUUCAUCUCCUACACCAGCGCAUGGUGUGUGCGUGUCACCUCAUCGACGACAUACUCCAUGGUCGGUGCUCUGAACAAGCUCCCAAUCGCUAUCAGUGGACUGGUGUUCUUCGACGCACCUGUCACUCUCGCCAGUGUGUCUGCCAUCUUCGUUGGAUUCGUGUCUGGAAUCGUCUACGCUUUGGCAAAGGUCUGGUCGAGCAAGGACAAGGAUGCGAAGACGUCGCUGCCCAUGACUACCACCACCACCAGCGCGAGCUCGCAAAGUAUGCGGGAUGGCUUGAAGAAUUGA